AUGGCUAGUUUAGUGGAAAGCAUGCCCAGAAGGGUUGCAGCUGUGAUCGCAGCCAAAGGAGAUGCGUCUGAUAUCAAAACAAAGUCAACUAGUUCUGCAGAUGAUAUUCCUGAAUAUCCAGAGCUUCAAGCAAUCAUUGGAUCCACGGUGUAUUUGCCAUGUAAUCUCAGCACCCCAUCCCACGACGAUUCCAUUUCUUUGGUUCUGUGGUAUAAACGCGAAAAUCCAAAUCCAAUUUACACCCUGGAUGCUCGCAGUUCCUUCACAGCUGAUUCAGCCAAACACUUCUCGAGCAAGUACUUGGGAUCAAGAGCUUACUUUAAUGUCACAAUUAGAAAUCUGGGUCACUUGAGACUGAAUCCGGUGACGGAAGAGGAUGCGGGAGAAUACAGAUGUAGAGUGGAUUUUAAAAGAGGUCGCACUAUGAGUAGAUGGAUUACGUUAACUAUCGUUG